CAGCGGGCUUAGACGUAAGCCAGUCAUAUUUAGAUUCGGUUUAGCGGCACGGCCGGCAAUUUAAUUAAGUUUGUCACAGAUAUUAACAAUAUCAAGGCGGAGAGAGUUGAUUGUUUGGAUUUCGGCGUUCGGUGGCCACUCGACGGGCAUUUUUUUUCGAAAUAGACUCGUUUUUCGAAAACGAUGGGAUUUUAUUUGUUUUUCACACUAUGUGAGAAAUUCUCGGACGAAUAUUGAAGGUUUUGAGUUAUUUUUUUAUUUGUGAAGGUGAAUGAAGUGAAAACAGUGUGAACAAACUGAAUUUACAAAAAUAAAAUGAAAUGAACUUCAACGUCCCAAGAAAAAAGCUUUUAAAUAAUCAACUUUAAAGAAUUAUAACAGUUUAAAAUAAAACAUGCAUACUCCAAAAUUAUAUCCUUUACUUCAGUAGAACGAACUUAACACAAAAAAAACAAAGAUAAAACUGUGAUAACUUAAACACAAACUGAACAGGUGCAAUUAACUAAUUUUAAGUGUACGUACAUUCAAUUUCAAAAAAUCAAAAAUUAAGCCAAAAACUUUAAGCUAGAGUGUAAACUAAACAAAGAAAUCUUGUCAUUUUUUUCAUUAUUAGUCUUUAGCUCUACCAACACAACAUAAAAUUCUUCCCAGAAAGUUGUAAUUAUUUUUAAUACCUUCUAUGGAUUAAACCACAAGCUGUAAAAAACAUACUUCUGAAAUUCUAUAAACGAAAACUCCUUUCUUUUAUAAUCUCUGGACAUUUAAACCAAGAACUAUAACUCAAAGUGAUUCUGAUCUUCUAUAAACGAAAACAAUUACACUUUUUGAAACCCACAAAUUAUUAAACCCAAAACAGUAAACCAAAGUGCAUCCCAGAAGACCCCACCAACCGCUCAACGCUCAUCAACCCCCCAUGCUCACAUCUACUUCACGCCACGUCAUCUAAGGCCUCACGUUGGAUUUCAAAGGGGUGUCCUCCUGCCUGGGGGCCUUGGGUUCGUCCCCUGCCCCCUCAGUGUCCGCAGGUGGAGGUGGUGGAGGCGAAGACCUCAGCCAUCAGCAAUUCAACAUAUUUCCGGCGAUAUUCUCCAGGCAGUUGAACUUCAACGCCUGCCCCCAAGGCAAAUCGAUGAUGGAGGAUCUGAGACCGAAUCUGGUGGGAGUAGGAAAUUUGUUAGGUGUUCAAGGUUUGCUGGACGAACACCAUCAACAUCUGACAUCGGCCGCCGUGGACAAGUCAACGCGCAAGUGCAACACAAGCGGAAGUUCGGCGGAAGACUUCAGCGCCCUCUAUGGUGGUCUGCCACAUUCGCAUGACCACCAUGGGAGUCAUACCCCAGCGCAUACCCCACCCGCCGCUGCCAGGACGAUCACAGAUCAUACAGAUGGCGCCUUCAAAAAACUGAAACCCGAGCCUCAAUCCGCUACCGGCGCCUCCUCGAUAGGUGGCGCUGUCUCGCCGGGCGGCGGGCCUUCCCACGCCGGCCACACCCCCACCACCGCUUCGUGUCCGACGCCUGCGCGUCGCCGCCACCGGACCACGUUCACGCAGGAGCAGCUGGCUGAGCUGGAGGCGGCCUUCGCCAAAAGCCACUAUCCGGACAUCUAUUGCCGGGAGGAGCUGGCCAGGAGUACGAAAUUGAACGAGGCCAGGAUACAGGUUUGGUUUCAAAAUCGCAGAGCCAAAUAUCGUAAGCAGGAGAAACAGCUGCAAAAAGCCCUUGCACCAAGUGUUCUUCCUGGAUGUAAUGGUGCUAUGAUGAGGAAUAUCUAUCCAGGUGCUGCUAGGGGAUAUCAACCGUAUCCACAUCCAACUGCGAUCAAUAGAUAUCCACAGAUGACAACUAGUUCCUACCCUGGAAUGGCUCAGUCGUUUUCAAUGACACAUAGCACAAAUAUGUCAUCGGUGGCAGGAAUGCGGCAAGAUGCAAUGAGUAUGAGUGCUGAAGAUGAAUGGUACAAUAAAAGCCUAUCGGCUCUGAGAAUGAACUCCACACACCAUCCAAAUUUAGCUGCACCCAUGCUACAGUACCAGACGUAAUAAUAAAACAUAAAGAACUUGCAUCAGCAAUUUAAACACUCCUUAUACAAAUACAUAUAAUUCUAAAUUCGUCAUCUCAUUAUUAUUUGUUUUUAUUUAUUUAGAUAUAGAAUUUAAAAUUAUAUGUUAAACGGUGAUGUAUCUUGGCGCAUUCGCCAUAUUAUAACAAAUUCAAAAAACCUUUGCCAUAAUGUGAAAAAUUAAUUUUCUUUUAA